UUUUGCUUGUCACUGCGCCUGUCACAUUUGACAGUGACAGCGUAGUAAUGCCACAAAAAUCAGCUGACGUAAAUAUUUUGUUUUAUCAGUGACUUUGUGUGAUUAGCAACGAAAAAAUGGCUUGGACCAAUUAUCAAAUUCUCUUGGCGCUUGUUAUGGUGAUAACAGGAAGUAUCAACACCUUAAGUACCAAGUGGGCUGACAGUCUCGACUCCGCUGGCAAAAAUGGGGUGGUGCACGUCUUCGACCACCCCUUCUUCCAGGCCUCUUGCAUGUUCAUCGGCGAAAUGUUGUGCUUGCUCACUUUCAAAAUCCUCUACAAGGUUUACAGCCGGCGCUCGGACGGCUCCGAAGACGUCAACGAACUCACACGCGGAAAUCGCAAUUUCAGCCCUUUUGUGCUCUUCCUGCCCGCCAUGUGUGACAUGACGGCCACUUCGAUCAUGUACAUUGGCCUCAACCUGACCUACGCCUCCAGUUUUCAAAUGUUUAGGGGCUCUGUGAUUAUUUUCGUUGGUUUGCUCAGUGUGGGGUUCCUGGAGCGGAUUCUGAAGAAGCGGGAGUGGGUGGGGAUUUUUUUCGUUAUUGUGGGGUUGGCGGUCGUGGGGGCGGCCGACUUUUUGGCCAAAGACACAAAUGCGCAGAACCAUGGCCGCAAUGAUGUGAUUACGGGGGAUCUUUUGAUUGUCAUCGCCCAGAUUAUCACCGCUAUUCAGAUGGUUGUGGAGGAGAAGUUUGUGGCUGGGCUGGACAUUCCCCCGCUUCAGGCGAUUGGUUGGGAGGGACUUUUUGGGUUUGUGGUUUUGGGGCUGUUGCAAAUACCGUUUUAUUUCAUUAAAGCGGGGCCCCCGUUCACUAAUAACCCCCAUGGCACGCUAGAGGAUGCCAUCGAUGCUCUGAUACAGAUUGGGCACAGUUGGCAGCUAAUGUUUGCUAUUUUAGGAACAAUAAUUUCCAUCGCUUUCUUCAACUUUGCUGGCAUAAGUGUGACCAAAGAGAUAUCAGCUACGACCCGAAUGGUCCUAGAUAGUGUCCGUACAAUAAUAAUAUGGGUAGUAAGUUUGAUGUUCCUUGAUCAAAAAUUCCAUUGGCUUCAGUUGUUAGGUUUCGUCGCUUUAUUAUACGGAAUGUGCCUUUACAACGGAAUCACUUGCACAUUUAUUUUCAUAAAAAUUCGAGCAUUUUUCAUCCGACUUAGGUACCGAGGCAUGGAGGAAGACAGCAUUAUUGAAAAUCGAACGGCUGAUCUACCAGAUGAUUCAACACCGGCCUAAAGCCACUUGUUUGAAACGAAAAGACUAAUCUUAUUGUGAAACUGUUUUAAAAAAUAUAAACGAAUUGUUUACUUAGGUAAAAUUUAUUUCAAGUUUUGUAUGUACAUGUAGAUUAUUUUUUAAUAAAAGUGUUUUCUCGAAA